AUGUCUGUUGAAAAAAAGUUGGAGGAUCUGUCUAUUAAGAAUCCCCAAAAGAAACAAAAAGGAAAGGCUAAAGAAGGUGCCACUAAGACCCAAUUAAGAUUGGAUCCUGAGCCAGAGUUUCUUCAAAGCAGAAUCCAGUUAUUCGACGAGUUGAAAGCUAAGUAUGAUGCGGAGGUCGCUGCUAAGGAGAGAUCUCCUAUCAAGAUUACUCUCAAAGACGGCACCGUUAAAGAAGGAGUUGCUUGGGAAACUUCUCCUUUUGAAAUUGCCAAGUCUAUUGGGAAAUCAUUCUUGGAGAGGCAAGUUAUCUCCAAAGUUAAUGGUGAGCUUUGGGACUUAGAGAGACCUUUAGAGGCUGAUUCCCAAUUAGAAUUCUUUGAUUUCGAAACUCCUGAGGGAAAACGUGUUUUCUGGCAUUCUUCUGCUCACGUUUUAGGUGAAGCUUGCGAAUGUCACUACGGUGCUCAUUUGUGUAUCGGUCCACCAACAGAAGAUGGAUUUUUCUACGAAAUGUCAAUUGACAAUGGUGAAAGUUUUGUUACUCAAGCCGACUUCCCUAGCAUUGAAGCUGUUGCUAAGUCUGCUAUCAAAGAGAAGCAAAAGUUUGAAAGAUUGGUUUUAUCUAAAGAGGACUUGCUUAAAAUGUUCGCAUACAAUAAGUACAAAGUCAGAAUCAUCAGUGAGAAGAUUCCUGAUGGCACUGCUUCCACUGUUUAUAGAUGUGGUCCGUUGAUAGAUCUGUGUGUUGGACCUCACAUUCCUCACACUGGCCGAAUCAAAGCUAUCAAGGUUUUAAAGAACUCCUCCUCAUACUUCUUUGGUGAUGCCAACAAUGACUCUCUACAAAGAGUGUAUGGUAUUUCCUUCCCUGACAAGAAGCAGAUGGACGAGCAUCUUAAGUUUUUGAAGGAAGCUGCCGAGAGAGACCAUCGUAGAAUCGGCCGUGAACAAGAAUUGUUCUACUUUAAUGAGAUGUCACCAGGUUCUUGUUUUUGGCUGCCGCACGGAACAAGAAUUUACAAUACGCUUACUGAUUUGCUGAGAACCGAGUACCGUAAGCGUGGUUAUGAAGAGGUCAUUACUCCGAAUAUGUACAACUCCAAAUUGUGGGAAACAUCCGGUCAUUGGGCAAACUACAAAGAAAAUAUGUUCACCUUCGAAGUCGAAAAAGAAACUUUUGGAUUAAAGCCUAUGAAUUGUCCUGGUCAUUGUUUGAUGUUCAAAUCCAGGGAAAGAUCUUAUAGAGAGCUGCCAUGGAGAGUUGCUGAUUUUGGUGUUAUUCACCGUAAUGAAUUCAGUGGUGCAUUAUCUGGGUUAACUAGAGUUAGACGUUUCCAGCAAGAUGAUGCUCACAUUUUCUGCACUCAAGACCAAAUUGAAGAUGAAAUCUCCAACAUUUUUGACUUCCUGAAAUUUAUCUACGGUCUUUUUGGAUUCGAGUUCAAGAUGGAACUUUCUACCAGACCAGAGAAGUUUGUCGGAGAUAUUGAAACCUGGAACAACGCUGAAGCUAAAUUGGAAAAUGCCUUGAACAAAUGGGGAGGCAAAUGGGAAGUCAAUCCAGGUGAUGGUGCCUUCUACGGUCCAAAGAUUGACAUCAUGAUUAGUGAUGCUUUGAAAAGAUGGCAUCAGUGUGCUACUGUCCAAUUAGACUUCCAGCUACCGCAAAGAUUCGAAUUGGAAUACAGGACCAAGGAUGGACAGGACGAUUUAACUAGACCCGUCAUGAUUCACAGAGCUAUCUUAGGAUCUGUUGAGAGAAUGACUGCUAUUCUGACUGAACAUUUUGCUGGAAAAUGGCCAUUUUGGUUGUCUCCUAGACAGGUCCUGAUCGUGCCUGUCGGCGUGAAAUAUUUUGAUUAUGCUCAACAAGUCCAACAGGAGCUGAAGGGUUUGGAUCUAUACGCUGAUGUUGACCUGUCUGGUAACACCCUACAAAAGAAAAUUAGAACGGGUCAAUUGCAAAGAUACAACUUUAUUUUCAUCGUUGGUGAACAGGAGCAAAAUGAUAAGUCUGUGAAUGUUAGAAACAGAGAUAUCCAGGAGUUACAGAACAAAAACGAGGCCGUUCCCUUGGUAGAUGUGAUCCCUAAAUUACUUCAACUCAGAGAUGAGAGAAGAUUGGACAAUCUGCUAUGA